AUGUCUUCGUUGACACUGCUGACGUUUAUUGUGUAUUGUCGUGUCUACGGCUCGGGACGGAAAACCCUGGACGAGGGCGUUCGAGGGUUUAUGAACAGCACGAUGGGAAAAUACUUGAUAUCGCUCAUGGUCGUGGACUUCAUCCAAGGAUGUGCAUUCACAUUGAACUUCCUCUGGGCACGACAUGGACAUAUCAACGUGGAUGGUGUCUGCGUUGCACAGGCGAUACUCUCGCAGAUCGGAGACUUGGGAAUUGCUCUGUGGUGCGUUACCCUCGCAAACACCGACCAGGUCCUUCGUAAUUGCAAUGCAUACUUUCUGGCUCAUUCAAUCUCGAUCGAAAAGGGAGACGUUGGACCUUCUGGGGAGAAGCUGGUAGGAUUUAAUGCUUUGGCACAGAGGUACUCUCUCGACGGAAUUUCAGGUGCCUGGUGCUGGAUAUCGUCGGACUAUGAGGUUGACCGCGUGCCUUUCUUAUACGCUUGGGUUUUCCUCACCAUUUUCGUUUCUUCGAUCAUUUAUGCUUUGAUCUACCUCAAAUUCUCUGGUUUCAUCGGGAUGGACCUGCGGGGGCGACCUACAGGCCUCUUCCAGUGGACGAAGUGGACGACUCCAUCUACGCGACAAAGUAUGAUGCAUAUUGGUGGAUCGACCGGUCAUAGUUCAGGCAGCGGCGACGGCUCUGUAUCUCACCAUGCUCACACUGUCGCGAAACGUUUGAUGUGGUUGCCCAUCAUCUACAUGGUCGUCGUCAUUCCCGUGGCCAUAUGUCGGAUCGGUAGCCUUGCUGGAUGGGAACCUCCAUUCUGGUUCUUCGUCUUCGCCGGGAUCUGUUUUGCCAGUUCUGGAACCUCGGACUCGAUUCUGUUUCUCUUCACGAGACAUACACUCAUCCAGAAUGCAUUGCACAAGCCGAGGACAGCCACCGCGGUUCAUAUAACAAGGCAGCAGAUCACCGUGUGCGAUGACGACCAAGAGGAUGCUCGCAGCCCCCGCAAGGUGAAUUUCCCUGUCGAGUUGAAUUCCAUCGAGAGCAGGGAUAAGCACGACCAACUAUGGGAGAAUUCAAGCGAUACCCCAGGGUAA